AUGGGGUAUCGAUUCAGAAAUGAGGGGAUUUUGAGGGAGGCGAUACGGGAGGAGGGGUUGAAGUUUGAGAGGCGGUUGGUGUUCCUGGGGGCAACUCUGUUGGACUUUCUAGUCAUGCACCACAUGGUGCGAGCAGCGUUCGGGGCGGCCCAUUCUCGUGCUGCCACGUCACCAGGUGCCAUGUCAUCACAUGCCACGUCAUCGCACGCCGCCCGGCUGUCCCCGCACCAGCUGACCGACCUCCGCAGAACUGUGCAUCAAUCGGAGCGCUUCUGCCAGCUGGCGGCGUGUCGUGGGCUGCUGCAAUUGGUGCGCAAGACACAGCGGGCGGCAAAGACUGCUGCCGAUGCAGCUGAAUUGGCGCAUGUGGCUGCUGGAGAAUCAGGAAGGGAAGAGGAGGGAAAGGAAAAGGAGAAGGAUGGGGACGACGAGGACGGGAAGGAGAAGGAGAAGGAGAUGGAUGGGGAGGAGAACGCGAAAGAGGCAGAGGAUAGCAGUAGAGACGGCAUGGUUGGAUCACAGAGGAUGUUACAACAGGCUGUAAUUGAAAGAGUGGAGGACGUGGGGAGAGGUGAGGACGUGGGGGGAGAAGAGGACGAGGGGAGAGGGGACAUGGGCAAUGGUGAUGACAAUGAUGAUGGACAGAAGCCGUACUGCAAGGUAACACUGUGUAACCAUAUGAGCAGGUAA